GUGCCGAGCGCAGCACGUCCCGUGCAGCGGCGGGUUUGAACGGUGGCGGGUCUCGGAGCCGCUCGGCCCUGUGUCGCUCAUGGAGCGCGUCCUGCAAGGUAUUUUCGCAUUUGUAGAUGUUUGGUCAUCUAACAGAACAGAAAAUUACUCGAAGAUCUUUGAACAGCAACUUCUUGGUAUGGGAGCAAAAGUUUCAAAAACUUUGAACAAGCACGUGACACAUGUAGUCUUCAAAGACGGACAUUUGACUACAUGGAGAAAAGCACAGAUGAUGGGUGUAAAAAUAGUUUCUGUACUCUGGGUGGAAAAGUGUCAAGAAACUGGAAUACAUGUUGAGGAAUCCUUAUUUCCUGCAGUAGACACUAAUGAAGGAUUGCCACUAAUGAACAAAAAACACAAAUGUAUGCAGCCAAAAGACUUUGUUGAAAAAACUCCAGAAAAUGAUAAAAAGCUGCGGAGGAGACUGGACAAGAUGGCUGAUGAAUUAGCUGUACAAAAGAUAGCAAUUAAUGCUGAAACUGAUGUACCAGUGUUAUUGUUUGAAGACAGUGGUUCACUUGUGUACAGCCCUGUUAAUAAGAUAAAAGAUCAUUGCAGUGCAAUGGAAAGAAGAAUAAAGGAGAUGAAGGAAAAAAGAGAAAAUCUUUCUCCUACUGCUUCGCAGAUGUCUCAAAUACCUCCAGGUUGUUCACCAGGAGACUGCCCGCUGCCUACCAGUGUCUUAACUAAUUCAAAAUGUGCAUUGUUACCAGGGGAACAAAUGGAAGACUGCUUGAAUUCAAGUUGUGAUUAUCUUUGUGGAACUGAAAAAUUAAAGAGAAAGAAAACAGAUGUAGAAAAACAUGCCUGUGAUCCUUGGACAGAUACUCACAUAUCCAUGAGUGCAUCAGUGAAUUCUCCCUUGCAUAGCUAUGAGCAGAAGAUCAAACAGCUUACACCAAAACAGCUUAGCAGAAGAAGCUUACAAAGGAAGCGUGUUUUGCAGCACACUUUGGAUGAUAAAUUGUCUAUAGAAAAGAAAAAUCUAGAAAAGUUUCCACAGAAAAAUAAGGAGGAUGAAAACAACAUGACUACUUCAGUUGCAAGUGAGAGGUCUCUUCUUCACAUCAAGGGCUUGAGUGAUAUUACUCCUUCCAAAAAAAUAGUCAAGUUAAAUACUUUUUCUGCUUUGAUUGGCAAUCUCUCUAAUUCACCUAUGAACAGUGAAGACUUAAAUACCCGUUCAUUGGAUACAAGCUUCCCUUUUGACAGAAACAAUGGUAUUCUUGAAGACAAGAAGAGGAAGAAAUUACAAACACCAGCUAGUUUGAAGCUGGCUACCUCAGAACUUGGUACAUCAGGAUCUAAAGGGUUCUUGCAAGCAAUUAUGACAUACAGCAAGCCUUUUUGCACUGAAGACACUUCUUAUGAAGACUUCUUUUCAUCCUCUGACUGUAAUGAAAAUGAAAUACAGGUACAAGUGCCAAAGGAAUCACAGAAUCCUCCUGAAGUUUGUUGCAAAGACUCUUUUACAAGCAUGGACUCACUUGAUGUGAGUUUCUCUAAGCCCCAUAGUACUUCCAAGAAAAGUAGGCAAAAGUCUAUUCCAGCAAAUGAUGUUUCAGUAAAGAAAAACUUCAAAGCAGCUGAACAUCCUGGAAGUGUGCCAUUAAAUUAUAUGUCAGAUGGUGAAAAAGCUGACGCUGCAGAAUCUCUAGAUUCUAAUGAUGUGCAUAGGCUGCCUCAACAGGCUCAUGAAAAAUCCUACAGAACCAGUGUGAAUUGCUGCAGUCACACUGCUGGUGAUGAAAUUGAAGUUUCAGAGUGUCAUGUUACUGAUGGAUCUUGCAAAAUUUUUAGUGAACAAAAGAAUAAGCACAAUGGGGGUUUAAGAAAAACUAGAAGACUCCAAAAGCCAACAAGAACACUGGUUAUGACAAGUAUGUCUUAUGAGAAGCAAGAUACAGUAAUUCAGGUGGUGAAUAAACUUGGAGACUUUUUGUUCUCAGAUGAUGUAUGUGAAACAACAAGUCAUGUAGUUACAGGGAAUCCUCGUCGUACCUUAAAUGUUAUGCUGGGAAUUGCUCGCGGGUGUUGGAUUGUUUCUUAUGAAUGGGUUCUGUCGUCUUUGGAAUUGGGCCACUGGAUCUCAGAGGAACCAUAUGAGCUUGCAUCCAGCUUCCCUGCAGCUCCUAUCUGCAGACUUCAACGUUACCUAUCGAAAGGAAAAUACCAGCACAAUCUCUUUUCAAACCAGCCUGUCAUGUUUGUAUCUCCUACCAGCCAGCCACCCUGCAAAAAGCUAACUGAACUUAUACAGUUGUCAGGAGGGAAAAUAUGUAAAGCUUUACGUCAGGCAAAAAUCUGUAUAGGAAAAAAACCAGGAAAUACGUACCAGGAAAUAAAAUGUUUAUCGGAAAAAUGGGUAUUAGAUUCAAUCACUCAGCAUACAAUAUGUCCCAUGGAAAACUACAUUUUUCAGCUGUGAGCUAACUCAAGAGCUUCCAUAUGGUUGUAAGGAAACAAGCCUAGUUUGGUUUCAGCAAAAAAAAGGGCUGUGAAUAAAAUUUCUAUGAAAAUGCAAGUUACAUAAUUAUAAAUACAGGGAAAUGUUUUCUACAUUUUUAUUACUUGUGU